AUGGCUUAUAAUCAAAACUUUUAUAAUAAUUUUCAUGGUAACAAUUUUACAUUCCAAUAUCCAUACCCACCACCUCCACCACCAGCCCACUCAUUUUUUUCAACACCCCAAUUAUCUGAUCAAGAUUUUCUUAAGAAAUUUGAGAGAUUCUCAAGUGAAAAACAAAAUGAAAAGAAAACUGUUACCAUAACAGUUUUAAAAGCAAAAUUAAGUGAAUUACUGAAAACCUAUAAUGAAAUAUCUGAAGAGUUUUCAAGAUUAUCUGAAAAUAUUGAUAAUCACUCAGAUACCGAAUGGGAGGCAGCCUUAAAAAUUAUGUCUUAUAAGAAAGAAAGAAUAAGUAAACUCCUAACAGAAUUUAGUGCUUCUUACAUGGAACAUGCUAGAAAAUAUCUGGCUAAAAGAACAGCUAAACGGAUGCGAUUACAAAGACUAAAGGAAGAGAGGAAGCAACAGAGGUUGCAACAAGAGAAGGAUAUGAAAGAACGGUCUAGAAAGAUAGAUGAGAAUUUACAAAAGAUUAAGGAUGAUAUAUUAAAAGCUAAAAAGGAAGAGGAGGCAAAAUUAGAGGCUGACAUGGUACUUAAAGAUGUCCAUAGAAAGAAGAUAGAUGCCAAGAAAUGUCUCUCUAAAUUAGAAGCUCUUUUAAAGUUACGCCAAGCUAGAUUAAACACGGCUAAAGGUAGAGGGCAAAAUGUUUCAGAAAGUGACUCUGCAAUGUUUCAAAAGAAUAUAGAAAAGCUUAAAUCAUCAUGGACUGAAAGACUCGAGAUGUACAAUAAAGAAGAGAACAACCUUCGCGCCAGAUUAGCUAUUGUUGAAGAGGUACCGCUGAACCAAGCUGAAAUAGAUGUUGACAAUAAUUUGAUCCAAUGGAAAGAAGUACUAUUUGGUGGUGAGAACCCACAAGUGGAUUUUAAAGGAGAUAUUGACAGAUUUGUUAAUGUCCGGAGGCAAUGGGACGAUUAUGUGGAUGAGGGUGGUAGUCCAAUCCCCGUUGGGUGGGUUUUGUAA